UACAGUUUUUCAGAGGGAACAAAAAUCUGAUUCGGAAAUUGGUUUCGCUGGUCGUUUUGGUUCAGUCUCGACUAGCUGGUUUAUUCCGGUUGUGAAUAAUCCUAUAUUAAUAGGACCGGCGAAGCAGAAGCAGAUUCUUGUUAGGAAAACAAACCCUAAAAUCUGCCAUGGAUAAGGAGAGAUAUUCCAGGAGCCACCGUGACGAUCGUGAUCGAGAUUCAAGCCCCGACCAUUCUCCACAACGUGAAGGCGGUCGCCGCCGUGACCACGACGGUGAUUCCAAGCGUCGUGAUUCAGAUCACUACCGUUCAUCGAGGCGCGACGAUAGGGAAGAUGAGAGAGAUAGGACCAAGGAUAGAACUCGGGGCAGAGGGGGAUCUGUAGAUCGAGGCGAGAGAGAAGGGAGUAGAGAUAGGGAAAAGCAUCACCAUGAGAGGUCUCACGAAGGAAGUAAAGAGAAAGAAUCGAGGAGCAAGAGGAAAGAGAGAGACGAAGAGAAUGGGGCUAGGGAUGGGAAGAAGAAAUCUAGGUUUUCUGAUGGGAAUGCUGAGAGGAGGAGCAGGUUUGAGGAUGUGGCCAUGGAAGUUGAGAACAAAAAUGGUCAAGUCUCUGUGUCUUCUUCUGGGGCUAUGAAUCCAACCAACGGCGUCACGAUUGGCGCUUCUUCAUAUGGUUCUGUUGCAUCGGAAGCUUCUAUGGCCCCUAGUCAAACACUGCUCACUAAGGUAUCUUCGAUAUCUACAACGGAUGAAAAUAAGGGUAGUAUUGUCAGAUCUCAUGAGGUUCCUGGAAAAUCUAGUACAGAUGGAAGACCAUUGUCAACAGCUGGGAAAAGUAGUGCAAACUUGUCUCUUGAUUCAGCAGCGUUAGCUAAAGCUCAGAAAGCACUGCAGCUGCAAAAGGGAUUGGCUGAAAAAUUGAAGAACCUUCCUUUGCUGAAGAAGGUUACUAAGCCAACUUCAGAAGGUAGCCCACAUACCAGAGUGCCAUCACCCGCUACCACUCCUGCUGCCUCUACAGGCACAUCUUCUGCUUCAGCAGUACCACAUACUGGCCUUGCUGGCCUUGGAAGUAUUUCCAACAUUCAAGCUGUUAGGCGAGCCCAGGAGCUGGCAGCUAGCAUGGGAUUUCAUCAGGAUCCCAUGUUUGCUCCCGUUAUCAACCUAUUUCCAGGGCAGGCACCCUCAGAUACGGCUGAUGCACAGAGACCGGAAAAGCCCCCUGUUCUGCGCGUGGAUGCACUAGGAAGGGAAAUAGAUGAACACGGAAAUGUGAUUAGUGUGACUAAACCAAGCAAUCUUAGUACAUUGAAGGUUAACAUAAACAAACGGAAGAAAGAUGCUUUUCAGAUUCUUAAACCUCAACUGGAAGCAGAUCUAAAAGAAAACCCCCAUUUUGACACAAGGAUGGGUAUUGAUGAAAAAAAGAUUCUGAGACCUAAACGUAUGAGUUUCCAGUUUGUGGAGGAAGGUAAAUGGACAAGAGAUGCUGAGAAUUUGAAGUUUAAGAGUCAUUUUGGUGAAGCAAAAGCGAAAGAGCUGAAGGUGAAGCAAGCACAACUGGCAAAGGCAACGGAUGAUAUAAAUCCAAAUUUGAUAGAGGUAUCCGAACGUGUCCCGAGAAAAGAAAAACCCAAGGAGCCAAUUCCAGAUACUGAGUGGUGGGAUGCAAAUGUCCUCAUCAAUGGCGAAUACGGUGACAUAGCUGAUGGCACCAUAACUGAAAGCCAUCUGAAGAUAGAAAAACUUACUCAUUACAUUGAGCAUCCGCGUCCCAUAGAGCCACCUGCAGAGGCAGCGCCUCCACCACCCCAACCUCUUAAACUGACAAAGAAGGAACAGAAGAAACUUCGAACCCAGAGGCGUCUAGCAAAAGAAAAGGAGAAACAGGAGAUGAUCAGGCAAGGGCUGCUGGAACCACCAAAGGCAAAGGUGAAGAUGAGUAACUUAAUGAAGGUUCUUGGGUCUGAAGCGACCCAAGACCCAACCAAGCUUGAAAAAGAGAUCCGCACAGCAGCUGCGGAGCGUGAACAGGCACAUACGGACAGGAAUGCCGCCCGGAAGCUAACCCCUGCAGAGAAACGUGAGAAGAAAGAGAGGAAGCUUUUCGAUGAUCCAACAACGGUUGAGACAAUUGUGUCGGUGUACAAGAUCAAAAAGCUAUCGCAUCCUAAAACAAGAUUCAAAGUGGAGAUGAAUGCAAGAGAGAACAGAUUAACAGGGUGUAGUGUGAUGACGGAGGGAAUGAGUGUGGUUGUGGUUGAGGGCAAGAGCAAAGCGAUAAAGAGAUACGGAAAGCUGAUGCUGAAGCGAAUAAACUGGCAAGAGGCAGAGAAGAAGGAUGAGAACGAAGAUGAGGAAGAAGAAGAAGUGAAUGGCGGAAACAAAUGUUGGUUGGUUUGGCAAGGAAGUAUUGGGAAACCGAGUUUUCAUAGGUUUCAUGUACACGAUUGUGUGACGGAAUCCACUGCCAAGAAAGUUUUCAUGGAUGCUGGUGUUGUUCACUACUGGGAUCUUGCUGUCAAUUACUCAGACGACUAAAUCCUCUUCCUCAUAUCAUCAUCAUCACACCUUGAAAUGCUUUAACUAUUUGCACAUGUUAUUGCACUUGUUUGAACAUAUAUUCCCCUUGCUUGUUCUGUUGUCGGUAUUUUAGUUUUGAACAAGAAUGAUCUGUUUUGGCUGAUGAUUGAUGCAACAUGAAUUAUCUGAAAUCUGAUUCACA